AAGUGCAGCGCGAGUUCGUCCCUCGAUCCUCAACUUUUUCCCUUUUCCGCUUCCUCGAUCUCCGCAUCAUUCUCUUUCCCUCCCUCCCUCUCUCUCUCUCUCUCUUCUGUAGGCGUCCGGAGCUUUCUUCUCCGACACACUUGUCUCAGAAUCGAGUCUGAGUCGACGCCUGCUAUGUGGUUGCUCCUCUCUUGCUUGGAGCAUCCUUCUUCCUUCUCGCUCCCUGGUACCUCCAAUCCACUGUCCUUUUUAUCCUUUUCUUCAGAUAGCCAGGGAAUUUUCACUGAGGCUACUGUGUGAAGUCGGCCUUCCAGGGAACUCACUAUUUGUUAUUGUUCUUACGCUUCUUCAGUGGGCUUCACUUACCAUUUAUAAGUUCUGAGACUCUGACCAUUUCUAGGGUUUCCUCACUCCAUCCAUUAUUCCUCCUCUAGUUCUCUUCCUUUUUUCUUAUUGUUGUCGUAACUUGGAAAUCCAAGGAUAGUUUCCCUGUCCCUUGACAAAUGUCGAUCUAGGUUUCUCUAUGGGGUUUACGGGGAGCGGCAUUUUGGAAGCUAGAUUUUUGGGGGAGUUUGGUUUGGCGUGGGUUGGAAGCGGGCAGAUGUUCGCGAGGUUCCGGUGCACCGUGAUCGAGGGAGUGGUCUUGGUUUUGAGUGGGGCUGGCGACACCGAGAAGUCUGAUGGCGGGCCUGUGUACCAGAGUUGGAAGGGAAACAAUAUAUUUGUCUUGGGCGGGAGGUUGAUAUUUGGGCCUGAUGUUAGGUCUCUAUUUAUCACUAUAUCACUUAUCAUUGUCCCUGUGGUGUUCUUUUGUGCAUUUGUUGUAAGAAAUCUUCUGCACAAAUUUCCUGCCUACAAUGCAGGCUAUGCAAUUCUGGUGGUUACCAUAGUCUUCACAAUCUAUGUGUUGGUGCUCCUCCUCUUGACUUCUGCUCAGGAUCCUGGCAUUGUCCCUAGAGCUUUGCAUCCACCUGAAGAAGAGAUAUAUGAAUCAGCAGCUACAAAUGAUGGUUCUGGACAAACACCAAGGCUACGAUUUCCUCGUGUUAAAGAAGUUUCAUACAAUGGAAUGACUGUAAAAGUCAAGUAUUGCGAUACAUGCAUGCUGUAUCGUCCUCCCCGCUGCUCUCAUUGCUCGAUUUGCAACAACUGUGUUGAACGUUUUGAUCAUCAUUGCCCCUGGGUAGGGCAAUGCAUUGGGAAGCGGAAUUAUCGUUACUUCUUCAUGUUUGUCUCCUCAACAACAAUGCUUUGCAUCUAUGUGUUCACAAUGUCAGCUUUGAACAUUAAAUUUCUCAUGGAUGAGGAUCAUCGCACAGUUUGGUGGGCACUCAGGCAUUCUCCAGCAUCCCUGAUCCUUAUGAUUUACUGCUUCAUUUCUGUUUGGUUUGUUGGUGGUCUCACUGUAUUCCAUUUGUAUCUUAUUAGUACCAACCAGACCACAUAUGAAAAUUUCCGUUAUCGAGCAGAGAGCCGCCUGAAUGUAUUUGAUCAAGGCUGUGUGAGUAAUUUUUCUGAAAUAUUUUGUACAAGUGUGCCACCUUCAAAGAAUAGAUUCCGUGCAAAGGCACAACAAGAUGUUCAGAAGCCGCCUCCAACUGCAGUGGAAAACAAAGACAACGAAGAACCUGGUGAAUACAUACGCACCAAAGUGGAAGAUGAUCUGGAGAUUGGUGGGGCUUUGUGCAAAGUUUCUGAACGGAGCUUUGAGGAAAGUGAUAUACGUGAUCGGAACAGUGCUGGUCGGGAUGUUGGGCCAGACACCUAUACUUCAACGCUUGAGCAAGGGAUAGGUGGACAACUUCCGCUAGACACACAUGGGGGGACACACAGGCACUCAAGCUGGGGUAGAAGUGGAAAUUGGGAGAUCAUUCAAGAAGUUCUUGGCAUGAGUUCUGCAGCUACAGAGAGUGGAAGAUUUGCUGGUGAAGGCCCUGCUCCUGAAAGCAGGUGAAACGUCUGCGACUUUGGUCACAAGAUUCAAGCGCUUCACAUUUUUGUCCCCAACUGGGUUGUGGUUUUAGCGAUAAGCUUAGGGGAGAAUACUGUAUCUUCUUAACAUACUUCCCGUACAAAAAUAAAGUGAACCUCCGCUGACACAAGAUCUUAAACUCUCCCC